AUGUCCGGGAACCAGUCUGCUUCCAGCGCCACCUGUAGCUGCAACCCAGGUUCAAAGUGGAAAGUCCUGACUGACCAGAUUCAAAGGUCUUUGGAGAACUAUGAACCAUGUGCGAGUGAAAACUGCAGCUGCUACUACGGUGUCAUAGAACAGGACCUGACUCCUUUCCGAGGAGGCAUCUCCAAGAAGAUGAUGGCAGACGUCGUCAGACGGAAGCUGGGGACCCAUUAUCAGAUCAUUAAGAACACACUCUACCGGGAAAGUGACUGCAUGUUUCCUUCAAGGUGCAGUGGUGUCGAACACUUCAUUUUGGAGGUCAUUGGGCGCCUCCCUGACAUGGAGCUGGUGAUCAAUGUCCGAGAUUACCCUCAGGUUCCUAAAUGGAUGGAGCCUGCCAUUCCAGUCUUCUCCUUCAGUAAGACAUCAGAGUAUCACGAUAUCAUGUAUCCUGCUUGGACAUUCUGGGAAGGGGGACCUGCAGUUUGGCCAAUUUAUCCCACAGGUCUUGGACGGUGGGACCUCUUCAGGCAAGAUAUGGCAAGGUCAGCCGCGCAGUGGCCAUGGCGAAAGAAAAACUCCACGGCGUAUUUCCGAGGAUCCAGGACAAGCGCGGAACGCGAUCCUCUCAUUCUUCUAUCUCGGAAGAAGCCCGGACUUGUUGAUGCAGAGUACACCAAAAACCAGGCCUGGAAGUCCAUGAAAGAUACCUUGGGAAAGCCAGCUGCUAAAGAUGUCCAUCUUGUAGAUCACUGCAAAUACAAGUAUCUGUUUAACUUCCGGGGUGUAGCUGCAAGUUUCCGGUUCAAACACCUCUUCCUGUGUGGCUCACUUGUUUUCCAUGUUGGCGAGGAGUGGCUGGAAUUCUUCUAUCCACAACUGAAGCCCUGGGUUCACUACAUCCCUGUCAAAACAGAUCUCUCUAAUGUCCAGGAGCUGUUGCAAUUUGUAAAAGCAAACGAUAAUAUAGCCCAGGAAAUUGCUGAAAGGGGAAACCAAUUUAUUAUUAACCACUUGCGGAUGGAUGACAUCAACUGCUACUGGGAGAACCUGCUAACAGAAUACUCUAAAUUCCUAUCUUAUAAUGUAACCAAGAGGAAAGGCUAUGAUCAGAUUGUCCCCAGAGUUUUGAAAACAGAACUCUAGUAGGCAUCUUAGCCUGCAGUCCUGACAUGGGUAGUCAGACCUCACAUAAUGCUGUGCUGGGAAGCUUCCCAUGAGCGUGGUACCAAUUCCAUGGAUACCAUCUAACAAAUCAUGCUGCACCCGGAGCAACUCUCCAGAACGGUCCAAGAUGUGUAUCCUGCAUAAAAGCAGCAGCUCAGCUCUGGCCGAGUAAGAACCAGAAGUCAGGAGAUGUCGGUUUCCAACCCAGUUCUACCUUUCAUUUUCUUAGGACCAAUCUCAGCUUGUGCCUCAGGUCAUCCACAUGCGUGUCUAUCACUGUGAAGUAGACUCUGUCCACGUGGUGAUGCCCUUUGCCGUUAUUUGGAGCUGAAAGACAUCAGAUGGAGCUAGCAGGACUCUUUGCCGAAAUUCCAUACUCAUUCUAGGCUCUGUCGCUAUACUUUAAUGUAGGAAGCCCCAUGGAGUUUGUGACAUGAACUUGGGAGGUCAUUUCCCGAAAGGUCUAAGGGAAGCAAUAGUGGUGCCAUGUGAUGAUUUAGGAGUUCUCUUUUGUAUUCAGGCGGUUUCUAGAAUGCAACUCGGAAAAGAAUGGGUCAGUUGCAUGAGGAAUUAUUGCAGUUGGACUUCACGAUCCCUUUUUGUGCCUUCACACCCUCCUUUUUACUGCCUCUCUGUUAGGGAGGAAAAACCCAUAAUAAAUUCAGGCAGUAGUCUUUUAAAAUUUUGUAUUUAUUUUUUUUAGGCAGUAGUCUUUGCUCUUUAAAGAACGGCGCAUAAAACGGCAACUUUUCGCCCUUCAUGCUUUUCUUUCUUAAGCUGGCAGCAGUGAGCGUAAGAAGGCGCUCUCCGUGUCUUGCAGAGACUUCUGGUAGUCUUCCCAUGGGAACUUGACAGUCACCUGUACCACUGAGUUAUUUAUUGUCAUGCAUGUAGAUCCAUGCUGGAGUGUCUCCCUUUUCCUUUAUGAAAAAAGUCAUUUAAAAGUAGUUUUAUCUUUCAGGAUGCCUGUCCCUAACAGAGUCAAAUUGAAGAACAGGUUUUAGAUGAAAAUUUUAACCCUGGGAAUCUUAGAAUUACCCUUGUUUGUGACCCCUUCCUCUACCACUUAAGAGUGAUUUGGUAUUAACUGGUUCCUAAAUUGAGGAGCCCUGCUGGUGUAGUGGUUACAUGUUGGCUGUUAGGCUUGAGGUCAGCAGUUUGAAACCACCAGUUGCUCUGCAAGAGAAGAUGAGGUCUUCUCCUCCCAUACAUAGUCUCAUAGUCCCACGGGCAGUUCUACCCUGUCCUGUUGAGUCACUGUGAUUCAGCGAUGACAGCGAGUCAAGAGUUGAACUUAGUAAAUUAAGUAGAAACUUACUACAUGAAUAGAAAUCUAUUGACUUAAAAAGAUUCGGUCACAUAAAAAUCAGGGAUUUUAUGCUAUUGGUCAGAAAUGUCUUUGGCCUUUUUAACCACCGUACCACAAAAUGUUAAGUUUUUAAGGACCUUCUUCCCAUCGACUACCAUCUAGUCAAUUCCUACUCACCAAGGCUCUGUAAGACAGAACUGCCCCUUUGUGUUUACGAGGUUGUAAACCUUUAAUGGCAGCAAAGCCUCAUCUUUCUCCCUUGGGUUGGCUGGUACACUUGAAAAGCUUACUUUCAGAGUAGUAGCUCCAUUUAUAAACCAUUGUGUUACCAGAGGUCCAAGGAUCUUUUUGGAGGCAUUAAAAUACCCUACAUAAGGUCAUUGCAUGGAAUAGGGAGGAUGUUCAAAGUUGGAUUUUUGGGGGGUGGGUAUUAAAGCUUUGCAGGGAUCAUGUCCUUGGGUACUGCAUGCCUCUAGUUAGGCACUCUAUAUUUCUGAGUUGUACUGUGGUUUUGCCCUGUCACUAGUCAGUCCAGGAGGGGUUAUCAUUGUCUCUGUAUACAUUUUAAUUCCCCCCUCACUAAAAUAGGAACAAAAUUUUUGCUGUCCUUUGGAAUAGGGGCCGAAAGUACAUUUCUCUGGGCAUGUUUUCCAUUUUGCUUUGAGUCCCAGCCCAAACAUCACUUCCUUGAAGGAGCCUUGCUUUCACUCCUCCAGGUAAUUAGGAGCUGCUCUAAGGUUUUGCUCUUGCCUGUGCAGUGUGAUAUCACAUUGCAGUGUUAGUUCUUGAUCACCUUGCUGUUUCCACUAUCCAGCACAUUGCCUCACAUAGCAUAGAUGGGCGGAUGGAGUAAUGAAUGGGGUAGCUGGCUUAGCGAGACCCUGCUUGCCCAGCCAUCGGUUCAGUGGGGAGUGUACAAGGAUGUUAGUUAGAUCCAUGCAAACCCUUACCUGCCCUGUGACGAGUCAGUAAGGGCACCUUUGAUCUUCAAUGCAGAACAUGUUUCUCAGAUUUUAUACUUGUUUAUCUGUUUACCUCAAUAUAGAUGGUAUAAGGAUGGUGUGUAAAAUAUAGUUUUGAAAAUGCUUA